AUGAACCUUAACAAAACAAGGCUGGACGUGAUCAUAAGAGGGUUCCUGAUUAACCUGGCAAUGAUACUGUUCUACCUGUUUGUGACGUACAUUUUGGUGAAGUUCAACAUCAUCAAAAGAUACAACGAGGAAGAAGGUGAGUGUUGUAUUGAAGUGAACUUGAAAACAGUGGAAGGAGUGGGACAGUUGAUUAGGUCGUCGUUUUGGCAUGGUAAGGAAAAAUGGGAAAGUGUGACAACGACUUGUAGGUAUACUGCAGUCGCUGGAGUGUGGACGCACACGAAUUUCCAAAAGUACCUGCUGUUCGAACACAUAGUGUACCUGUUCACGAGCACAAUAGUGGUGCCACUGCUGGCGUCAAUGAUCGCAAUAUGGAGAGUGUUCGACGGAGACGUGGACCUGCUGUCGAGGGAGAUGGGAAGAAUACUCAUCAACACGUCCUGGAAGUACGUGACAAUAUACCUGAUCAACGCAACGUUCAUCGUGCCCUGCAACCAGCUGAUGCAAAUGUCGCCACUAGCAAUGAGGUACUUCACGCAGAUGGUAUUCAACACGGACGAGGGGAUCCCGUUCUUCGACCUGGGAUACUGGUACGCGUACCACCUGGCGCUGCUGACGCUGGUGCUGUCAUUCGGGCUCUUUACGCCGUACCUGCUGCCGCUGGCGGCACUGUACUUCGUGAUAAGGUUCUACGUCGACAGACACAACAUCGCAUACAGCCUCUGGCAGUUCCCGUUCGACACGUCGGGAGACAUUUCGAAGACGGCAAUCAAGUCGAUGCUGCUCUGCGUGUCAAUCAUGCAGUUCAUGAUGUCAGGAGUGUUCAGCCAGAACAAGAACCUGCCGCACCUGCUGAUCGCGAUCCUGUACAUCGCGCCCGUGACGACCUGGCUCGUGAUGUACGGCUCGUACACGGACACGAUCAUCCAGUCGAUCAGCUCGUUCUACGAGAUCAACCUGAAGCCGCUCAGCCAGAAGAUGAUCCAGAUCAUCCAGGUGUGCUAUAUGCACCCGUGCGACAUCAGGGACCUGAUCGAGUUCAACUACUCGAAAAACUAA